AGGGUCAUCUCUGCUAACCUGGGACAAGUGUCUGGGUUACAUGUUGAGAUGCUCUUCAAGCCCACAACUGUUCCCAACACCUCCCUCUAUGACUUUGCCUGUGUGUCAUGGAACUACACGUUGAAAGACUGGAGCACCUUUGGCUGCUCCAAAGUCAACCACUCAGAAGACGGCCUGCGAUGUUUCUGUAAUCACACCACUAACUUUGCUGUGCUGAUGUCGUACAGGAGGGAUUUUAAAUAUGCUGAAGUGCUAAACUGGAUCACCAUAUUGGGAUGCUCCAUGUCCAUCAUAGGGUUGAGUUUAACAAUAACAUUCCAGAUCACAACCAGGUAAGAUCCUACAGGGUUCCAGAACCAAUUCAAAAUAUACAGUAACAUUCCAGAUCGCAACCAGGUAAGAUCCUACAGGGUUCCAGAACCAAUUCAAAAUAUACAGUAACAUUCCAGAUCGUGACCCGGUAAGAUCCUACAGGGUUCCAGAACCAAUUCAAAAUAUUGGGUGCUUCUCAACAGUGUAAAGAAGCCCUUUGUCUGAUCCAACAGGACUUGAUAUGUGAAACCAUUAUAAAACUCACUAUUAAUGAACCAACACACCCAUAGCUACACAUC